GUCCACGCCUGUCUUCCAGAUCUGCUGGUUCUUCCCCUUACAAUAUGGUGCCAACGUCCCAAGGACAGCAACCGGGUCAAAUGAUUAGCCCGCCGCCCCCCGGUGCUCCCCAGGAUUCUAUGUACAACAUGAGCUUGAACGGUGGGGAUUCCUACCAGUCCAUGGGGGCCAAUGUACAGUCGCAGGCAAAUGCCCUCAGGCACGUCAUUUCCCAAACAGCGGGGUAUGCGGACGGAUCGGGUGGGAUGUAUGACCCGAGUAUGCAUCAGCCACCAGAUUUGCAUCCAUAGUAGUCUGGCCAAUUCGCCAACAAAUACCGGAGGGUCACUCCAGCAAUCUGGACAUUUGUUACAUAUACAUACGUGAGAAUAAGGGACUACAGGUGCUGCCACCACGCGGUAGGAUCGCGAACUCUUUUAUGUGCCACUAUGAGUCGUUGAGACGGGCAAAGUCUCAACUCGCCUCAACACAACUGAUAUCGAGAAAAAAAAGUUACGGAAAAAAAAUCGUGCCAUAAUUUCAGCAAAAAAGCAGAAGUGACGUAUGGACUUCAAAAUGGAGGUUGUCUUUUUCUCAACCUCUUCAGCAUCGUAUACGUGUUCAGGCCUGGCCGAGUGACGUCACAACGCGUGGGCGGCCUCUCCAUCGUCCGUCAUCUUGAUGUCGUCCAUCUUGUUAUCAUUAACAUUUUCUGCCCUCUGUGUACAAUCUUAUUUCCCCCCUUCCUUCUCUUUUAAUUUUGGUUCUUUGUUUUUUGUACUUAGGACAUCAAUGUGUGAUCCGUCUCGACCUGGGAUACCUUCAUGACAAAAUAUUUUUUUUAUUCCACCUGUUAUGCGCCUCAGUUCACUGCUAUCCCCUUUGGCCAGUUUUAUUGUCUUGUUAUUACUAUAUAUGUGUAUUGUUUUAUUCAUAGAAACGUUAACUUAGUUAUACAUUUUAACUUUAUAAAGAAUGAUUUAGUUUCUUGGGGCUUUGUUUAUCACAUAUCAAAAAUUUGUACAACCAGUUAUUAAUGAAUAAUUAUGGUAAUUCAGUGUUUUAUGAUUGUAGUUUUUGAAAUAGUUUUGUACUCGAAAACUUACUUAGACAUUAUUUUUAUGGCUAAAUGCUAUUUUGUUAAAACUGUAAUUCAAAAUGUAUUUACAGUUACAGCUCAAAUUUUUUUUCCUAGAUUUUUUUUCUUUUGCAAUCCUAAAUUUGCACAAUCAAUGUUUUUGUUUAAUUAAAAAUUUUAUUCGCGAUAAGUCGGUUUAACUGUUUACACUCAUAAAAUAAUUCUUGUAUGUGUAUUAUUAUAAGUAUUAUGUUCGACUAAGUAAAGUUACAGUUUUAAAAGGUUGGUAAUAUUUAAGGUGGUUCAAUGAAAGUAUUUUUAAUAUGUUGUAAAAUUUUAUCUAAAUCUAAUAAAAUAAUUAGACGUUAAACUUAUUUAAUUUAUUUUUAUGCUUAAUUCUACAAGGGAAGUUACAUUUAUGAUAAAAUAAUAUCUGACUCUUAGAUUAUUUUUUUAACUUUAUAACUUAAAAUUUGCUUUGAUUUGCAUAAUAAAAUUAUGAAUAAAUAUAUUUAAGUAUCUAUUUCAAAAAAUGGAUUAUUUUCAGUAGCAUUUAGGUUUUUAGGGUUCAUUUUGGAUGCUGUAGUUAUCAAAAGAUAUAAUUUGCAAAUGAUAAUUUUGGACAUUGCUGUAUCAAAUGCUUGAUUAUCUUUUAUAACUUGCAAUUGUAAUAUCCUUUUACAUAUGUUGUCGAACAUUAAUUGUUUGUUAUUAUUUGGAUUCAUUUCACAACAUAGUCAUGUCAAUCAAUUUUAUUAGAAGUGUGUUUUAAUAAUUGUAACUCCAAAAAGUUCAACGUCCUGGUUGUAUUGCAUUACAAAUAUGUAAAUAUUUGCCAGAGAAUAUGCUUAUAAAUUCUAAAGGACAUGUUUUUUUAUGUUUUUUUGUGGUCAGUAAUUUUAGUAUAUUUUUAACUGAAAGUCAUGUUUAAAUUUAAUUUGUUCCUAUAUUUUAACAAUAUUGUGCCAGUAUAUUUGUCCAAAAUGAGCAUUGUGCAAAUAGUCAUGUUUUAUUUAAGCUGCUUGUAUAUUCGAACCGAUUCGAAGUCGCGAAUUUAAGUUUGAGUCUCGUAUUUCCGUUCAAGGUAUUUGCGUAUUUGCAAGAGUAAUCCUCAAACAUGAACCAAAUUUUUGCUUAUGUUAGGAAGUUAAAUAGUUUUAAAGUUACUUACUUAAAGGAAGUAAAAUACUUUUUGAAAUUUUGUAUAAUAUAACUUGAGAAUAUUUUUAUAAAAGCUUAAAGUGUGUGCUUUGAUUGAUGUAAUGAAGAUAACUCCCCUCCCCCCCUUUUUUUUUUCAAUUCAGGUGCUUCAUUAAAUGUCGUUUUCUUUCAAAAAAAAUUAGACACAUACAUUUAAAAAGAAUUAUUUUUAUUCAUUUAUUUAUUUAUUUCAGGUUUACCUAAUGGGCAUAUAUUUUUUACAUUAUUAAAUACCUUUUGCCGUAUUAGAACUUAUUAGUAUUAUAUAGGCGUUUGUUAUAAAAUCUUUCUCUUUUAUUAUAAUAUUUAUAUUAGUUACUAAAACCAGUCGUUAAAUAAAAAACGUGAUUUUGUGAUUUUUUUUAAUACUGUAGUGCUAAAAGUGACAUUUGUUCUAUCAUUUUUAACAUUUUAAUAGUAAAUUUACAAAAAAUAAUUUUAAUUGACUAAUAAUAUUAUCUUUUUUAGUUCGUAAUCGAAUUUUCAAAUUCGAAAUUAGCAAAUUCGCAAUGGAAUUCGAAAGCCAAUAAAUAACGUGAAGACAACAUUUUAAAUUUCCCCAAUCGGCCAUGUGAUACCAAUCAGGCUUUGAUUAAAAAGCACUUCGAAAAAUUGUUAACUUAAAAAUUUUUGUAUAGCUUUCUCCAUUAAAUACAUGUCGCGUAACAGAGCAUAUAGAACAAUUAAUUAUAUUUUAUAUAUAAAUAUACACAACUGUAUUCAAAAACCUCAAAUUUAAUUAAACUAAUUCUUUAAAUACAAAUUAUCGUUAUAAUCCGUCGUUUUUCUUAAUUCAAUAACACGUCUUUUGUUAUUCAUUUUAAGUAUAUUGAAUCACCGGCUACGUAUAUUUUAUUUAGUUUCCAUCUUCAUGGCUCAUUGUGCAUUGCUCAUGCCUAACAAAGCCAUCAACUAUUUGCUGUUUAUUUUUUAAAGAAGGAUGCAGUGAAUGAGGCGCCCUCAUCUCUCGACUUUUAAAAAAAGUGCUCAACUAUGUUAUUGUUACUCAAUAUUUCAUGAAUACGUGUUGUCGGAGCAUUUGUUCUUAUCCUACUUGUACAGAGAGAAAAAAAAAAGAAGGCAAAUAAAGAAAUGCCUUCAUUCAGAUGUAUGUACCUAAUAGAGCAAAGGUGUCAUCGUAUUUCCAGGUCGAAAAAAAAUCUGUACAGCUGUAGCGGAUGCCGCUUUUUGAGAAAAAGUUGCAAAAUAUUGUAAGAAAAAAAAACUCUUUUUUGGAGGACUUUAUUGAAAUUUUGUUCCGUUAUAUCGAGCACUGUAAAAUGGAGACGGAACGGAGAAAAGUAUUGGACAGACAGUUGUCUGUCCUUUUGUACAGUGUCCCAUCCCCGACCGUCAUGUACAGCCCCCUGUUUGUUGCCCCUUCUGUUAUGCGGCAUUUUUUGUUCACCCCCAUGUGCUGUAGUAUAAUGAAUGGUCUGUGAAUAUUGAGCGAUUACGUCAACACUCAAGUCACUGACGGAAAUAAAUAUUUUGACUUUUUGU